GAAAAAAAAACAAAAAAAAACACGAAUUGGAAUGAGAAUGGCAAAUAUUCCUUGCACCAAAAGAAAACAGUUGUUUCCAUGACGCUGACCUGAAACAACCCGGCUUCGGUUUGCGCCAUCACCCCCAUGCCGUCUGUCUGUCUCUCUCUGUGUGUCUCUCUCUCCCAGCAACAGGGAUGGCCUUCUUUCUUUUUCAAAGCAUUCCCAUGCACGUGCGUCACAAUGUCUUUGUUCAAGUUCAAAAUGACCAGCGAGUGCAAUAUCCAACACAAUGCUCUUGUCCAAUAAAUGGAUGCCUUUUUAUUAUAGGUCUAAUUCAAUAGUACAUGAAAAGCUUGGUGUUUCUUUUCCCCCUCUUUCCACAUUGCCAAUGAGGAUUUAAGAGUUGCCGAUGAGCCGGGCGGGCCUCCUCUGUCCGCGCCGCUUUUUUCUCGAGCUGUUGCCGGGAGACAAAGUUCAAGUCACCCUGGCUGGCUGGCUGGCUGGCCAAGAGGCCUUGUGAACUCACCAACGCAACUGGCUGUGGGAGGGAGUGAAAAAAGAUAGAGCAAAUAGAAGAUGAGGAGAAGCAACAUCAUUGUUCCUCUCAAAUGGCACUGAAGAUGUCACGGAAGUGGAGACUGCUUCUUAAGAUGAGAGCCAAGCAAGCGUGGAGGAUUCUUUUCCUGUUUUGGAUCACCACAUUAGCCCAAGUCAGCUCCUGUCCAGACGGCGCUCCCGUCCACCUGGCCAGCCUGCGAUGCUUCUGGCUUUCUGAGAAGACGUCCACGUGGUCUGAGGCUUCAGCUUCCUGUCAGCAGAACGACGGAGGACGCAUUGCGGCUGCCGACACCGCCGAGCUGCAAAACUUCCUUGGCCGCUCCUUCCCGGUGAAAGGUACUUUGUGGGUUUGGAUUCAUGGAGCAAACGAAGAGAACGCAGACAAGAUUGACUUUUGGGAGUCAGCGAGUCCUCCGCGGCCAGACGGAGGCAGCGACGACGACAAAGGAGAAGUGUGCACUCAGAUGGCUUUGGGGACGCCUGGACAAUGGAGGAGCGCCCCCUGUGUGAAAGCAGACCGCUUUUUAUGUCAAAAGAUCUUAAAUGAGUCUUUACCAGCGCCGGACACUUAUGUGGUGGGAGUGCUUGUGAUGACGGCCAUCUACCGACGGCUUCAGAUAGAGCCCUUAGCGAGCGUCCCUGAUGUUGAGCAACUAGCGGUGGAGAUGCAGUUGUUCCCUGGCCUGUGGUUCAGUCGCGCAGGCAGAGUGACCUCACUGGAAGCGGUGGUCCAGCCCAGCAUGAGCCCUUGUCUGGCCCGCUUUCAAAUCCUUCGACCCUACUGCAGCCCCAAUUCCCACCUAGUCCCUCCAGGUUGCCCUUCUCUGAUGAAUCCAUUCAGCUGCUGCUCCACACUUGCACUGUGCAACACGACAGGGGGGUGCGGCACGGGCCGCUACUGGUGUCCUAUUCUGGAAGCCUGCCUUUCCAACAACCUUCCCUGCUCCCCUUACACCUUGGCGGCAGGAGGUGGCUUUGCGUUCCCGCCCAGAUCCUCCGGGGCCGCCAGAGCGCCUUUCUACCACUUGGUUGCCGAGCUGGCCUUGGAAAUAAGCCCCAGCUCGCAAAUGCAAACGUUAAGCGUUCUUCUCCCAGAAGAAGCCAUUACCGUGUACCCCGACGACGUCGUCGCCAUCCAACACACUCGCGAGCCCGGAGCUUUUCUGCGCUGCCUCGCCGGCCAAGCUGCUCUCAAUUCUCCGUGGCGACAGAGUUAUUUGUCUCUUCGGGGUACAAAGCGGGGGGGCUGGUGGGAAGGCGGCCUGGCUUUUCCGCCACCCCAAGGCGAGCGCUGGGUGGACGAGGUGGUGUGUGAUCUGCGAUGGCUUUAUGAAGACCCUGCUCCUCGUGGAGCUACCGAGCGAGCGCCCACGCUUGAAACAAGCGCAACCUCCGCCAUCAAGUCGCCAUCUCCAAGCACGCUGACACCGUGCGGCUACGAGGCAGUGGCGGGACUGGACGUGGAGCCGCGCGGACGCCGCAGGAUGCUCGUGGACGUUCCUCAGUCAUUUACAGCCCAAGUGGAACGUGGCUCAUCUGUGACAUUCUCGUGGGUGAUGGACAACCUGGAGGCAUUUGCGUACAAAGGACAAUCCUACAGUGUGCUCUUCAAGAAACCUGCUGAGCACAAACUAAAGGUAACAGCGUCUAACCCGGUGAGCUCCCAGAGCAAGCAGCUUCUCCUGACUGUAGACAAAAUGAAGCCACUGGGCGAACCCCAGUUCAUGUCUGCCAAGCGGCUUGUAGCCGCGGGUGCUACGCACCUCUUUACCGUCGGGGUCAAAGUGGACGGCGCCCUGACGACCACCUUCAGAUGGGAUUUUGGCGAUGGCAGCAGUCAUGUGACUCAGACUCUUCCCGCUUCAAAUGGAGAAACACAAAUGUUUGUGGAGCAUUCGGUCAACGUGACCUACACAUCACCUGGUAACUAUCAUCUUCGAGUGGGAGUUUCCAACCAGUUUGAACAAAGAGACAAAUCUAUCAAGAUAAGCGUCCGGCACGUGUUAAAACGUCUCUUCGUCAAUUCCUCCGCUCCGGUGGCCGUUGUUCAUCAAGCGUAUGGUCUGGAAGCCUUCACCGAUCCUGCCGCUGACGGCGUCGUCUACACUUGGAACUUUGGCGAUGAAUCCAAAGCCGUCCGACGUGCGGAGCGAAAAGUCCAGCGCACCUUCACGUCGGCGGGAGAUUACAACGUCACGCUGUGUGCCGACAACACUCUUUCCAUACUUCACGCUUGGCUGCUGGUGGAAGUUGUGGAGAAAAGGAGCGGACCAAGUGUCAGUUGCAACGGACCUGUCCGACCUGUCAACAAUGUCUCUUUGGCGUGCGGCUUUGAGCCAUUGGAGGCCCUUCACAUUGAUUCUCCCAGCUUGAUCAACAGGACCUACUUGGCCACCCGUGAAGACGUGAUGUUUGUGGCGUCCAUGGCAAAAGGCUCCAACGUGACCUACGAGUGGCUCGUCACUCCCGAUAACAUCCAACGUCGGACCGCGGCGGCCGACGGAGAACGUUUUCACUUCCGAGUCGAGUCUCCUGCUCGUUUUACAAUCAGAGUCGACGCUUCCAACAAGUUGGGGGAACGCACUAGCCUUCUUUCCGUUGUGGCUUUGGAACGCGUGAGUAGCGCGCGAAUAAGGACGCCGAGGCAAACCCUGCCGGCGGGGAAGUCCUGCAAUCUUUCCGUCUCGGUCCUGACCGGUUCGGACUUGAACUACGUCUGGCACGUGGAUAGCACUCUGGUCCAAACAGAUGCCCCUUUUAUUCUUCACAACUUCACAAAGUCUGGCAAGUUUCUCGUUCAGGUUGUCGUCCGCAACGCCAUCAGUCAAAGCCAUGACAGUCAAAAUGUGACCGUCCAAGAGGAAGUCGAAGAGGCGCAUUUUACAAUCGCUGGCAAGAGCUUUCCGUUUGCUGUGAGCACCAAUACUCUCGUGUCAUUCCAAGGCUUUGUCCGCAAAGGGAGCCAUCUCCGCUGGGAGUGGAAAAUGAGCGAUGGCGCCGCCGCCAAGCCAUUUUGCCAAAGUCACCACACCCUGAACUACACUUUUCCCCUUGAAGGGAUUUACAGCGUGUCUUUGAAUGUCUCCAAUGCAAUGACGUGGCAGGAAGUCACGCACGACGUGAUCGUCCAGGAUCCAAUCGAAGGUCUCGCUCUAAACAUGAGCAAAGGUUGGCUCUGUACUGAGGAGGAAGUUACCUUUGUGCCAACCAUCACCAAAGGAACCAAUGCCACUUUUGUUUUGAUGUUUGAAACCGGAGGCCGGAUGCAUCGUCACGAUGUGCUUGAGGGAUCCUUCAGCACGUCCGAGGUUCCAGCAGGACUGCACAAAGUUCAAGUGACAGCUUGGAAUCAGGUGAGCAGUGCACAGAUGUCAACCCAAGUUGAGAUCUUGGAGAAGAUCAAAGGCAUCCGAUUGUUGAGCCCUCGCCAUCAUGCCGUCGAAGCGCUGAAGGAGAUUCGUUUCGAGGUGGAUGAGCCAAAUGAAUUUGCAGACAACUACACUUGGAUUUUUCACUUUGAAGAUGCUCAACCUUUGCGGCUGAAAGGGAAGGAAGUCAUCUUCACUCCACCCACAAACGGUUCCUUGUCGUUGAGCGUGCUAGCAAACGACGGCAUCUGCUCCGAGAUGCUAAACAAGACUCUGACGGUGGAAUGGCCCGUUCGGGAGGUCCAGCUCGUCUGUCAGUCAGAAGCCAUCUUCGCUGGACACGCCGCGUUCUUUUCCGCUACGACGCUUGGAUUCCGGAGCAACUUGACAUAUGUGUGGACAUUUGGAAACACCCUCAAGAAAUGGCCUCCACACGUCACUUGGGUUAAUCAUACGUUUGGGAGGGCCGGCCAAUACCUGGUCAGGGUCAACGUGUCCAACCACGUCAGCCGCACGUCUGCCCAACUACGCGUGGACGUGCUGGAGUUGGAGUGCGCCGAGCCGCAGGCCUCGCUCGUCCAGAGCCGGCCGACUGUCUUCCGAUCUCGAGCCAAUUUCUUUGAAGCGCGCGUGGACCUGAACUGCUCUGCCUACGAGACCACGUAUCGGUGGGAGAUGUUCCGAGCGCCGGAUUGUACCCGCGAGAGCGGGAACAGAGUCCUUCUCAAUGGAAGCGCGUCACCUUUUCUCCAUCUCGCAAAGAACUCUCUGGAUGCGGGACGCUACUGCCUUUGGUUUAGCGUUUGGCUCCAAGGGACACCCCUGCGGGUGCGACGAAAAACCCAAGUCACGGUGCUCUGCUCCCCGUUGGUGGCUGUCAUCAAGGGAGGCUCGCGUAGACUGUGGCCAAGCACCCGUGACCUGGUUCUGGACGGAAGGGGGUCACGAGAUCCCGACGCAAAGCAAGGAGAGGAUGCGCUACGCUAUCGAUGGACCUUCACCAUAAAGAAUUCCACCAUCCCCAUUGAGAGCAAGAGCGCUAUCGUGACCAUAGCCAGCAAACAGUUACAUCCAGAAACCCUUUAUACUUUCACCCUGACCGUAACUAAGGCGGGAAGGACAGCGGUAUCCGUCACGCAGACAGUGAGUGUGUGCGAAGCAGCCCAACUUGCUGUAUUUGUGGAGUGUGUUUCCUGCCCAGGCCACGCCCCCCUCAUCCUGUCCGGCCAUUGCGGAGAGUGUGACGAGCGAGCUCAGCACAGUUGGAGCGCCCAGGAUGGCGAGUCAGGCGCGACACUCGACCUGCUCCAGGCCGCCACGUCUACAGGAAGAGGCUCCGCAUCCAGACUGGUGUUGCGUCGGCACGCUCUUCUUCCGGGGAACGUUUAUACCUUCACUCUUAAUGUGAGUGUGGCUGGAAGGUGGGGCAGUGCCAGUCAGACGCUUGUACUCAAUCAAGCCCCUUCUGGGGGUGUGUGCCAACUGGAGGCCGAGUCCCGCGUCCACCCGCUGGGGACGGUGGUUGGCUUCAACUGCUCGGGAUGGAGAGAUGAAGGCAACCCAUCCUCUGAGCUCAUCUAUACCUUCCAGGUUGCACCGUGCCGUCCCGUCAUGUGCCCUCUUCUAACUCUUUACAGGGGCACUCAAGCCACGUUCAGCAGCCCGGUUCCAGCGGGGAGUCGCGUACGAGGGCAAAACAAGUCCGUGAUCACAGUUACUUUGCUCAUCGAAGACAAUUUGGGCUCAAGCGUGGUUGCUCUUAACAGAACGCUGAGCGUCCAGUCUCACGUCAACACCAGCGAGUGGCUGGGAACAAAGAGUCAGAAAGAUAUGUGGGCCUUAGUCCAACAUGGCAACCCUCAGGAAAUCAUCCCAUAUUCCAUUGCGCUCACCAGUCAGCUCAACCAGAUGGAGUCGGGACCAAAUAGCAGAGAGCUCCCAAUGAAGAAGGAGAUAAGAGAAAAUGUGACCAGAGCUUUGGUCUCCCUUCCCAUUUCCUCCAUGAUGGAUGUUGAUCAAAUCAGCUCAGCUCUAGCCCAGUCCACUGCUUUUCCUGACGAGUUCACGUGUGCAAAGUGUCAGGAGAAGGUUCUGGAAGCUGCUGAGAAGAUGAUUGGUAUACUGGAGGAUCACAAACGCUCUGGUGGUGGCCGGCUUUCAGCAUUUGACACCGGGAGGAACAUCCUUAGCGUUGUAGGUAGCUCUCUGGCUUCAGCCUCAGCCUCAGGUUCCCAACACGACGACUCCGCAACUCAGCAGUUCCUCUCGGCGCUUAGCCAAGCAGGAGCCUUAAUGCGCUCCCUGAUGCGCUCCCCCGAUCCUUGGGAGAUGCCCCUUUCGUUGGUCACACCUUAUAUCAGUGCGAGUGGUUUCUACGGCGACCCCGCCGAGCUUCUCUGCUCCGUGCGGUCCGAGCAACCUUCCAGGCUUCCUUCAACUCGGCCGCCGUGCCCGUUUCAAAUUCCAACCUCACUCAGCACUCACCUUAAGAGUCAACGUUCAGAGCUGGUGCAGGUGCUUUUAGCUCUGGAUGCAUCUCAUUCUCUGCUAGCUGCAGCGGCCCCUCCAAUUUCCACCGCUCUGGUCGCCAUGGAGAUCAGCACCCCUGAGGGCGAGCCGCUAGCCGUCCAGGAUCUGGAGCCGGAGCAGGCUAUUCGAGUCACCCUGCUGCGUAGCAAUGGCGGGCUACCCACCGAGAUGAGAAGUUCGGAUGAGAGCGCGGACGGACACGCUAACGGUACAUGUCCGACUGUUCCGCUUCCGCUCGAGGGCCGUCUGAACUUCACAAUACAAAGGGUGGCUGGCCUGGCUGAAAAUGCAGGUUUAUACAUCUCCUUCAACUUCAGCCUGUUAGCAGGAGUUCCCCCUUCCGAGACUGUGGGCCGUGUUCAAAUGGAAAUAACAAAUGGAUUUCAGGAUUCCUUCACUGAAGAGUGGCUUAUCGAUCAUUCGCCUUUGAAUACCUUCACUGAGAAAACCGUAUUUCUUUCUCCGCUUUUCAAUGACACAGCAAAGACUCUGCGUGUCAGUCUGAGCUCCUUUGUGGAAGGCGCUCCCGUUGCGGUGUCCUUAUGUGUCUUCAGCUCUCUGUGCCAGUACUUCAGCCUCAAGGAGAUGACUUGGAGUAGUGAGGGGCUCAAGUCGCUGGAGGGCACCACACUCCAAACGGUGCAUUGCCUGACGCACCACCUUACCAUGUUCGGGGCCUCUUUGUUUCUUCAUCCCGGGGCUGUUGUGCUACUGCCGCCUGCAAGCGGUCCCGGCCUUAAUGCGGUGGUGGGGAUUGUAUGCGUGGCUCUGCUCCUGCUUCACCUGCUGGUGGGACUCAUUGCCCAUAAAAUGGACCUCCUGGACAGCCUGAGAGCGAGCCAAGUGCCCCUGUGCGGUCCAGCCGGACUCUAUCAAUACAGAGUGCUGGUCAAGACGGGCUGGAGGCGUGGAGCAGGCACCACGGCGCACGUCGCCAUCGCUUUGUACGGCGUCAACAAGAGCGGCCCCCGUCAUCUGCAAAGGCCUGGCGCUUUUCAACGUGGCAGCCUGGACCACUUUCACUUGGAAACCGACGUCAGCUUAGGGGAACUUUGGAAAAUUCGCAUCUGGCAUGACAACACAGGCUCGGAUCCAUCCUGGUAUGUUCAACACGUGGUUGUCUGGGACCCCGUAACAGACCACAUGUUCUUCUUCUUAGUCGAUGAUUGGCUCUCUGUGGAAAAUCCAAAGAAUGGGACGGUGGAGAAAGAAAUCCUGGCCUCAUGUCCUGAAGAGCUUUCCCAAUUUUGGCGAAUCCUGCGCUCGCAGUUGCUUUUUGGAAUGGUGGAGCGCCACCUGUGGCUGUCGCUAUGGCAACGCCCCAUCCACAGUCUUUUUCCUCGAGCGCAGAGAGUUACCUGUAGCGCUCUGACGCUGCAUCUCUACCUGGCAUCGGGCGCGCUGUGGUACGGGGCCGUGGCUUCCCAGGGGCACAGUGGGCCAGUGUCAGCCAAAGUGCCGGUCACGAUGGAAACGCUUGCUGUGGGAAUGGCGGUUGCAGUUGCGCUCUUUCCGCUCCAGUGUUUCAUCUGCUUUUUGUUUGGAAAAAGCCACAAUCAGGUCUUUGUGGACACGUCACUUCCUCCUUCCCCGGUUUGUCAUUCCGUGGAGAUGGACGUCCACCUCGGCCGAUCGCAACUUUCCGGGCCGUCUUUCUUAUCCUUAUUUGGAGCCUCCAGCCGACUUCAAGAUAGUCCCUCAUCCUUAUUGGAGAGCAAAGCUUUUGACUCGAGCAUGGUGGAGUUCUGGGCCGCUUCCGGUUUGGUGCCCCAGAGCGACGAGGCCGACGACACGUGCCAGGAGGAGACUGCGGCUUCCUGGGCUUCGUGCGACAGUCUGCUCACAGAGCCCCCCGAGGAUUUGGACCAAUGCGAGGCCUCGCUUGCUUUGCGCGCAACAGGCCAGCUGAGGAGGAAAAAAGCUCACGUGCAGCUCCACCUGACCCCCGCUGGGCAAAAGGAUCAAGAAAGUGCCAAAACCUGUUGGACUCUGUCUGAGGAGAAUCUCCUGAUGUCAAUCGAAGAAGCGGCAACAGACGACACUUUGCGUUUGGCCCAAAACAACUCAGACAGCGGGCGGGACUCGCCUACGACAAACUCCUCAUGCUCAAACACCCAGAGCACCUCCUGCAGCAGUUGGUCAGAUAACUCGGAUGAUAAAUACCUCCAUGAGGCAGAGCGGCUUCAAUUGGAGGCACAUUCAGCUCCUUCUCAAUGCCAGACAAAAGUCUUCAGAUGCCCAUCUGUACUUUCCGCGGACUCGGUGGCCAGCACCUUCCUGCCGAGUCCUUCUCCCGACUUGACGAGAUGUUCCUCCACCACACGCAUUGGCAUCGCUCGAGGUCGGCCCGGCUGGCUUUUUCCUCCCUGGAUGUUUUGCGUGAUCUACCCUCUGGUGGCCACGUUGACGGGAGCAUGUCUUGCUCUUGUCGCAAUCUACGGCCGCUUCUUCUCCAGAACAGUGGUCCUCAUGUGGCUCAUCUCCACACUCUCCGCCUUCCUCACGUCUCUUCUCCUGCUGGAACCUCUCAAGGUGUGCCUUCAAGCCUUGAUCUACACUGUCGUUUGGCGGCCCGUGGAUCCGGAAGUGGAGGACCAACUAGGCCUGGAGACCACCACCACCACCACCACCACCACCACCACCACCACCACGAGAGCAUUUGGAGAAGACGGCGGGAAGGUUCGACCGCCGUGCGGCUACGGACUGCUGCGGGCUAAAGAGGAAGCUCGGAAAGUCCGUGCGCUCGGCUCGCUUAUGAGGCAUUGCGUGUUCCAGCUGCUCUUUCUGUUGCUGGUGCUCAUGGUGAACUACCAGGACAGCGCGGAGAAAAGCCAAGGGAGGCUUUUGCGCUCUGCUGUCCGACGCCAGCUUCACAGGGCUCCCUCGGCGGGCCCGAGCUUAACAUUCAUCCGAAACUGCUUGGAUGCCGAGCGAUGGAUCAACGGCACCUUGGUGACCUACCUGCACCGAAACGCUCUCCUCCGUCUGGCGGGCUCGCCGCGGCUCCUCUACGCGCACUCAGGGGGUCAGGGGGAGGUCAUUCUGGGCAACUCUAGCGCGGCGACACAUCAAGUCCUGGCCGACCUUCGUACGGGAGGCUUUUGCAUUCAUCGGUUCCAAACACUCUUUGUGGAUUUGACACAGUACCACAGAGAGUCUGGUUUAUUUCUCUGUCUAUCCAUCCAACUGGAUUGGACGCAACAAUCCACCUCCUUCCUCUCCAUCUACCCGCUCCUCAUUCCAUCACGGCACGACGGCUUGGACCUCCAUCUGGUCCUAAUGCUUUUCCUUUUGGCCUGCGCUCUGCUCAUGUUGAUUGGGGAAUGUCGCUGGAUGGCGAGCGAGCGUGCGGCCUAUGUGCGCGGAGGCAAACACUGGCUGCAGCUCCUGUCGGUUGCCUUGUCGUUGGCGGCGAGCGUGCUUCACCUCUCUUUUCGCUCCCAGGCCGCUUCCUGUGUUUCCCAGCUGAAAUCCCAAGCUGAGCGUUUCAUCAACUUCCACGGCUGUGCUGAACUGGCUCAAAGGUCUUCUCAAUGUGCCGCUGUCUUACUCACUUUACUGGUCCUAAAGCUGUUGGGAACAUUACGAUUUGGACGCAGAUGGGUUGUGAUCAUCAGAGUGCUGAACAGAGCUUGGGAGGAGUUGUGGACCUUAAGUUUCCUCUCGCUGCUCCUGCUUUUGUUCAUGACCCAUCUCGGGAAUACGCUUUUCUCGCAGUCAGCCGAAGGCUUUUUGUCCACGCGUGACAUUUUGCCGUCGCUGAUGUCCGUUGUGCGCGGCGGCGGCCGCAUCGGUCUGCAAAGACUACGCAGGGUCCACCCAGUCCUCGGCCCUUUGUACGGAAUACUGCUGAUGGGGGCGAGUGUCUGGCUCUUGGCCAAACUCUUUGGGGCCGUCCUCAUUCGUGCGUACAGGGCUGAGAAAGCAGACAUUUAUCGUCCAACAACAGAACCUCAAGAUUAUGAGAUGGUGGACUUCUUCAUCAAGAGACUCAAGUUAUGGAUUGGACUCACCAAAGCCAAAGAAUUCAGGCACAGGGUGAAGUUCGACGGCAUGGACGUUCCUUCCAGAGCCUCCCAGGAAUCCCGCCUUUCCACUCUCUUUUCCUCCCUUCCAUCUUCUCAUUCACCGUCCACCAUUCCAUCUCCACGCCCUUUGUCCGUUCUAUCGGAGGACUCGACGCUUUCCGAAGCGGGAUUUGACGUCCGGCCCUUCCUGGAGCACCUGCUGCCGUGCGUAAACGCGUUGCUUUCUCAAUUGGAUCGGGUCACUCGGAUAAGUGAGGAUUCCAAGCGCCUGGAGAUUGAACUUGAAGACAUCCUGUCCAGGAGAACGAAAAGUCCAAUCAGUAACAAGGAGAAAUAUCAGGAGAGAUCAUCCAAUCCGGAGCCUGAUGGGAGAACUAGACGCAGGAGGACAGGUCUGCUUUACAGCAAUCGGCCAAGAUCCAUUACGCCAGUGUUCCCUUUCACUCCUUCCACAAUUCAGCGGCCUUCAGCGCCACCGGUCCACCUCUUCCCACGUACACGGAGCUCCUACUCAGAAUCCGGGUGGCCAUAUCCACUGUCGCGUAUGCCUCGUGACGCAACUGAAGCGCCGCCGCCGCCUAGGACAGGAAGCUCCAGUUUGCGUCCCAUCAAUUCUCCUGGUUUUCCCAAGAGGAGAGCGUGGCACUCUGGAAGUUCACACUCGGCCGAUGCAGCUCAAAGACUGUGGCUAAAACAAGGUGGAGUUGCACCAUAUGGGAAUUUUGCCUUGAGCGCUUUCGUCAGACCAAAUAGCGAAGAGGGCGGCGGGAGACGUAUUAGUGGAGGGGCGCCGAAAAAAAGGAAGGCUUGGAUCUCUGAGGGACCUUUGUGAACAUUUGUCCUUUCCAAUGACCUGGGUCUUUCUUUGAACAUCUCUAAUGGCUUUAUAGGACACCAUUUUCAAGAGGGUGUCGUGCAUUUCACGUUUGGAGAGAUUCCACGGCUAGGCAUACAAAUUCAUGCUGAGAAAAGACGAGAGAUAACAGGGUCUCAAAUUAGUAGCUUAUAUUUUGGCGGGAAUCUUUUCCCUUCUUCAGUAGCUUGCUUAACGCAUAUUUGCUCAUUUUUGCUAGCAUUCACUUAGUCAGACAAUAUUAAAAUAGGACAUGGAGUAAUACUGAAA